AUGGGACAAACAAGAUCCAAAUCCAUUACUAAAUUAUCUCCAGAAGUAUUGGAAGAAUUGGAGCAAACAACGCACUUUUCCAAGAAAGAAAUUACUCGAUGGUAUAAAGAUUUUAUUAAAGACUGCCCUUCUGGACAACUGAAGCAAGAUGAAUUUCAACAAAUAUAUGAACAGUUUUUUCCAAGCGGCGACGUUUCAAAAUUUGCAUCAUUUGUCUUUAACGUUUUCGAUACGGACAAGAAUCAUUUUAUUACUUUUGCCGAAUUUUUAACCGCGUUAUCGAUAACAUCACGCGGAACCGUCGAUGAAAAAUUAGAUUGGGCAUUUUCCCUAUAUGAUAUUGAUCAUGAUGGCUUUAUAACAAGAGAAGAAAUGACUGCUAUUAUUGACGCUAUUUACUGUAUGGUGGGAAGUACAGACGAAAUGCCUGCUGAUGAUAAUACGCCCGAAAAGAGAGUUAAUCGCAUAUUUUCGCAAAUGGACAAGGAUAAUGAUGGAAGAAUUUCACGUGAUGAAUUUGCUACCGGUGCAAAGCAAGACUCUUGGGUGGUUAAGGUUUUAUCGUUAGAUAAAGAUGAUCAAGCGGAUUGCGAUUAA